AACACUAGAUUACAAUGUGAGUUUAUUUUUGAACGUGGUGUCGUGGUGACAUGCGCGUGGACAGCUUCAAUGAUAAUCUAGGUCACUAACGUAACUGAUUUUGCUAGCUAACAAUGUGAGAGCAACAUGAUGAUACAAUGUGCAGUACUUCCGUUUUCCGCUGUAGUUGCUGGUGUCGCAGUAUCUCGCUUCUGUUUUGGUUUCUGGAGUUCCGCUUUUUUAUUGUGUUUUAUUAUUAUUAUUGUACCUCCAUUGGACGUUUAUUGACGACACCUUCACCCGCCUAUUAACUGAAGAUGGAGGGGGACAGAGGCAGUGGAGACGAGGGGAGUCAUCAGCAGCAGAAUGGCCGUCCCGGGAGAGGAGGCCGUCAGCAGCAUAACGGGGAGGACGGUAACACUGCCUUCACCCCAUCAGACCUGCAGAGCGACGACGAUGACCCGACUCUCAGGAAAGCAGUUCGGAGCAGAUAUAGAGACCUUAUCAACAGCAUACAACAGAAUAGAGAGGAUAUGCUGAGUCCCUCCAACAACAGACUGACAGAGGUUUUAGAAGAAGCAAACAACCUUUUUAACGAUGUGCGGCAGUCCAGGGAAGCAGCUCUGGAUGCCCAACUCCUUGUUUUGGCCACAGACCUGGGAAAGGAGAAAGCCAGUCAAAUGUUAGCUGAGGGUUCUGCUUUUGAUACCAGCACUUUUGCGGAGCGUCUUUUGUCAUUCAUGGGUCUAAACCGGCUAGAAGAGGACGAGGACGAGAACAACGGAGGGACAGCUGAUGGCUACCUUCCCCCAGAUGCUUGGCACAAAUUAGCCAGAAGAGCAGAGUGCUGUUUCAGGACAGCACCGUCCUUCCACUUCAUGAGGGGCUCUUUCCACGCAGAGCCUCCACCCCCAAAACAAAAGAUAGCACGGCAAAGCAAAGCACCCAGCAAGCAAGCCAAACGGGUGAUGCCCACUCAGCUGAAGAAAAUGGAUGAGUGCCAACAAGAAGCAACUGAGAAAGAGGUGGAAAGGAUCCUGGCCUACCUAAGGGGUUAUCACGAAGAUGAUCCAACAUCGCCAAUAUUGUACUACGAGUUUGUCAUCGACCCCAACUCUUUUUCCCGGACAGUAGAGAACAUUUUCCACACAUCUUUUCUAGUCAGGGACGGUUUGGCACGGCUGUAUCUAGAUGAUGACAAAUUGCCUUGUAUAGCACCUGUAGAGGAGGGAGAUGUGGAAGCUGGAGGAUCGUCCAGCCGUCAACAGUGCAUCAUCUCCAUAUGUCCACAGAUGUGGAAGGAGCUCAUAGAAGCCCUCGACAUCAGCGACACAAUGAUUCAGCCUCCUUCCACACAGAAUGAGUGAGGGACCACAUCACUUUUUGUUGGCUGAAUCCAAAGUUGUUUUUAGGUGUGUUGGUUGUUUUAUAGUUCUUAUAUACUUAGAUAUUUGAAUAAUAAAAUAUAAAAAGCAAAAAAA